AUGAUUGCAGUACCUACUGAAGCAUCAGCUUUCCUGGGUGCAGUUGGAGCAUUUCUUGUGAUUUUGGUGAUUUUCUACUUAUACCUAAGUAAGAAGCUAUGCUUCACUACCAUUGGAGGAUUUCCUUGCUGUGAUAAACCACUUGUUGAUCAUAGAGAACCUGUAUCCAAGGACCUAGGUACUGCAUUUCAAUAUGAAGAGGUGGAGUCGUCUACCGACAGUGAGGACGAAGUCCUGCAACGUUUUCAGCAGUCCUCUAGUCUGUAUGCCGGCUUGCGGAAGGUGGGCGGUGGGAAUAGUGAUCAGAACGGAGGAGCGGAAAAUUUCGAAAACAAAACCCCGUUCUCUUAUGGACUCGCUACUUGCAAUGGAUCAUCAAGUCACAUGAAGGUAUCUAACGGAAGUAAGAGAGGAAGUCAUGACCCGAUUUCCUUGCUGGAGAAAGGGGGCGUGGCCAAGUCAGGAAGUCCUUCCUUCUCGAGCGAGGCAAGCGAGAGUGAAGACACUCAAGAUGACGGGCAGGCAGUGAUUCAGCCCCUUCUGGACAGUAGGAAUACACAGCAUUAUGAAAAUAGUGCCUUCCAGACUGUUGACGAUUCACCGGCGGCCUCCAAUGACACCUUUUCUGCUUGUGGAGAUUCUGUGAUGGAAGAUCAGAUCUAUGAUGUAGCUGAACAUCAUUGCAAUAUUGAAGACCAUGACACCAGCAGUGCUGUGCGAUGCGGAUCAUUAGAAGUAGGCUUUGCAUAUGAUGCUCCUCUGAGAAAGAUGACUAUUCAUGUCCUUCAAGCUCAAGAUUUACCUGAUAGAGAGCGUGGGGGAUCUAAUCAUGUUCAAGUCAGACUGUUGCUGUUACCUCAUAAAAGACAGAAGUUCAAAACCAAGAUCCGAACAGGUAGCAAGCCACAGUUCAAUGAAAGCUUCAUAUUUAAUAGGAUAUCUCCAGAAGAGCUAAAUAGCAUGGGAGUAAGAUUUCGCUUGAAUGGAUGUGAAAGAAUGAGACGUGAACAUCUCAUUGGUGAAUGCAUUGUUCCCUUCUCUGCAAUCCGCAUGGAUCAGCAAACUACUUUAUGGUUGACCUUAGAGCCAAGAUCAAAUAUUGCACAUUCAGACUCAAAGGCAGAUGUUACAAGCCUAGCAAGAAGUGAUAGCACAGGUUCAACACAAUCAAUGCAACAUGGUGGAUUGCCAGAGUUGUUACUUGGGCUGGCAUACAAUGGAACUACAGGCCGUCUUUCAGUGGAAAUCAACAAGGGGAGUCAUUUUCGGAAUGUUUCGAUGAAUAGAGCUCCAGAUACAUAUGUUAAGUUAUCUCUUGUGUCUUCAAAUGGUCAGGAGAUUGCUAGGAGUAAAACAUCAGUUCGCAGAGGCCAACCCAAUCCUUUGUUCAAAGAAACGUUUAUAUUUCAGGUAGCCCUGUUUCAGUUGCCUGACGUGACCCUGAUGAUAUCGGUCUACAACAAACGCAGUAUGAAGCGGAAGGAGAUGAUUGGCUGGUUUUCCCUGGGUCUGAACAGCAGCGGAGAUGAGGAACUGGCACACUGGAACGACAUGCGAGAGAAUCGUGGGGAGCAGGUGUGCCGCUGGCAUGUACUUUUGGAAACUUAA